AUGGGAGGGCUUCUUGCUUCCGUUAUCAUCGUUCUCGUAAGUGUAGUGUGUUAUAUCAUUAAGAAGAGAGACAAGAAAGAACCUCAUACAGGGAUUAAGCUCCCGCCAGGUUCAAUGGGUUGGCCUUACAUUGGAGAGACUCUUCAACUCUACUCUCAGGACCCAAAUGUCUUCUUCGAGUCCAAACAAAAAAGGUAUGGAGAAAUAUUCAAGACCCAUAUUCUUGGUUGCCCCUGUAUUAUGCUGGCUAGCCCUGAGGCAUCUCGGUUUGUGCUUGUGACUCAAGCUCAUUUGUUCAAGCCAACGUACCCAAAAAGAGAUUACCAUAUUCGUCUAAGGAAGUUGGUUCAGGGCUCCUUGUCUCUGGAUGCAAUUCGAAAUUUGGUUGCUGAUAUUUCAGCCACAGGAGCCUCUACCCUAGACUCAUGGGAUGGAGGACAUGUCGUUAACACCUUUCAAGAAAUGAAAAAGUUCUCUUUUGAAGUAGGAAUACUGGCAAUUUUUGGCAAUUUGGAAGCCCAUUAUAGAGAAGAAUUGAAAAGGAACUACAGAAUUGUGGAUAAAGGCUAUAAUUCCUUUCCAACUAGCCUCCCAGGAACUCCUUACCGGAAGGCUGUGCUGGCAAGAAAGAGGUUAAGCAAGAUUCUUGGUGAUAUUAUUUGUGAAAGAAAAGAGAAGAGAUUGCUUGAAACGGAUCUCUUGGGUUGUCUAUUGAACUCAAAAGAUGAGAAAGGAGAAGUCCUAGACGAUGAUCAAAUCGCGGAUAACAUUAUCGGAGUGCUUUUUGCUGCUCAAGACACCACAGCUAGUGCCAUGACAUGGAUUGUCAAGUAUCUCCACGACAACCUGAAAGUUCUAGAGGCUGUAAAGGCCGAACAGAAUACAAUUCGCAAAUUGAAUGAUGAUGGUAAUCAACCAUUGAGUUGGAGUCAAACUAGAAACAUGCCAUUUACUCACAAGGUUGUGUUGGAGAGCUUGAGAAUUGCAAGCAUUAUAUCUUUUACCUUUAGAGAAGCUGUGGCUGAUGUGGAAUACAAGGGGUACCUGAUUCCAAAAGGUUGGAAGGUGAUGCCUUUGUUCAGAAACAUUCAUCACCAUCCAGAAUAUUUUAGUGAUCCUCAUAAAUUUGAUCCUUCAAGAUUUGAGGUUGCACCAAAACCCAAUACCUUUAUGCCAUUUGGUAGUGGACAACAUGCUUGUCCAGGAAAUGAACUUGCCAAGAUGGAGAUGCUUAUUAUGAUCCAUCAUUUGUCUACCAAGUUCAGGUGGGAAGUGGGGGGAUCUCAAAGUGGGAUUCAGUAUGGCCCAUUCCCCGUGCCAUUGCAUGGACUUCCAGCCAGAUUUUGGGAAGAAUCUACCAGCUAG